AUGAUUCACGUGAAUCUUUCACCACCAUACCGAUAUGGCCUCAAAUUUGAACAUGUGUUUACUGUGAUGAGAAGAUUCAGACAGGGCCCGCAAUAUGGCACCUCGCCAUCGUUUCUGCACCAGCUCAUUGUCCAGGAAUGGUUCCCAAGUUGGGUCCGAAGCAAACAACCAGAACGGACUACCUCGGAAGCUUAUGAUAGGAUGAAGAACAUUGAUCUGCUUUCCAUCCAAGCACGCAUCUACUUCCCGGUUCCUGGCGGCACUUCGCAGGGCUAUGCAUCUCACGACUCUGAAUCAGAACCCAGCUUGUGCCUAAGGUUUCAGCUUAUAGGAAUGCUAAAGACCGGGACAGAAUGCAUUGAAUGGAUCACCGACCGACCCGUCGCAUACUGCCACGGAAUAAUGGCCAAAACGCUCUUUGAUGACUAUGGGGGACUCGCUCAAUUUUAUCUUGCAACCUUCAUAAACAACUCCAGUGAAGGAACUAGGGAGUACUACCAGGAAAGAUGCCGCUUCUGCGACUCGGUUUGCCGGCUGAAGGCUCGCAGGUUUGUUGACGAUGAUGGAUGCGAAGUUAAAUGUAUCACUAUCACACGAUGGAUCAACCUCGGAGCUGGUCUGGACCCUGUCGACUUUUUCAAGGAUAGGCAUUCUACUGAAGAGAACUAUGGGCUCCCUGAUAACCUGGAUGCCCGCGAGUGUUUCAAUAACGGGUAUGAGGAUUCGGAAUAUGUCAUGUCCGAGGAGGAACUUUGGGAGUGUAAUUUUGCCCUUUUGAAGAGCAAGAGUUACAAAAGGACCAUGAAAUACAUCGGUGAUGGAAGCAAGCCGGACGAGUGGGUGCAUCUCUUUGACAGGUGCCCGACUUGGAUCGUGCCAAUUGAUCGGCUGGAAGGCUGGCCUCGUGAAUUUUAG